AUGAAGGGCUCUCCGGCGCCAUGGACUGUCUGCGGUGCCUGCCCAGGCUCCUUCCCCGCCGUGGGGCUGCACCUGCGGCCCCGGUGCGCCCUGACCUUGGGCCUGACCCUCCGGACUGGCGUCCCCCCGCCACCCGGUCGCGCCACUGGACCCCACCCGUCUGGUGAGAUGCCCCAGUUCGGGACCACGGAUGUCUCCCAAGCCACGCUCUCCAGCAUAUCCCCGGUGUUCACCGUGGCGAAAUUUGACAAAGAGGGCAACGUUACUUCUUUUGAAAGGUAAUAAACCGAGUUAUACCAAGAGUUGGGUCUUCAAGCCAGAGAUCUGAGAUUUCAGCAUUCAAUAAACAUCACGACCAGAAACAACAGGAUUAUUAUGAGAACGGAGUAUCUGAAAGCCGUGAUAACCCCAGAGUGUCUUCUGAUACUGGAUUACCGUCAUUUAAACCUCGAGCACGGGCUUUUCCGGGAACUGCCUUCCCAGCUGGCUGUCCAGGGUCAGCUCGUCACGUACCCGCUGCAGUUCAAGUUCCGGGCUAUUCAGGCGCUCCUGCAGAACCGCAUCGGCGUCCUUCAGGAGCAUCUCAGCGUCUUGCAGCCCCUCAUCCUUGAGACACUGGACUCUCUCGUGGACCCCAAGUACUCCUUCAUGGACAGAAGCAAACUGCAUGUCUUUUUAUGCUCUGGCAAAAGCCUGUCAGAGCUAGAAACAGACUGUAAGAUUUUCACAGAGUCGAUUUUGGAGAUCCUGGAUGAUGAGGAGGUGCUGGAGGAGCUCUGCCUGACCAAGUGGACUGACCUGCAUGUCUUUGAAAAGAGCAGUGCUGGGAUCGACCACGCUGAAGAGAUGGAGCUGCUGCUGGAGAACUACCACCGCCUGGCUGAGGAGCUCUCCAAUGCGGCCUGGGAGCUCUGGGUACUCGUUGAUGACUCCCAGAGCAUCAUCUUCAUCAACCUGGACAGCCACCACAACGUGAUGAUGAGGCUGAACCUGCAGCUGACCAUGAGCACCUUCUCUCUCUCACUCUUCGGACUGAUGGGAGUUGCUUUUGGGAUGAAUUUGGAAUCUUCCCUUGAAGAGGACCACAGAGUGUUCUGGCUGAUCAUGGGAAUUACGUUCAUGGGCAGUGGCCUGAUCUGGAGGCGUCUGCUCUGGUUCCUCGCCAGAUGGCCUUGGCGCAAGAAGUAUCCUGAGGAACCGGUAGGAAGGCAUGCAGGAAGAAGAGCAGUGCUGGGAUCAACCAUGCCGAAGAGAUGGAACUGCUGCUGGAGAACUACCACCUCUUCUGCUAUGACAGCCCCGGGACCCUCUGGUACUCCUUUCACAGCUUUCUUUGGUAGAAUUGGACACUUGUCAAAUCACGUUAUUUCAGUGAUGACGUCUGAAGAUAAAGCAUCGUGGUGGUCACAUUGCAGGACUGGAUUGCAUUUGCAGAGCACUGAAUGA